AUGGAGUUACUAGAUGAUAGUGACCUUUAUACAUCUAAAGGUGGAAGAGUAAGCUCAUCGAUGUCAUUAUCCACAUUGCCAUCUGAAAUUUUAAUAAAUGUUUUCAGCUAUUUAGAAGAGAAGGAUUUGUACGCCAUACAACUAUUGUCAAAGAGGUUUUAUGUUUUAAUAAAUGAUGAGGAAUUAUGGAAAAAUCUAUUUGUGACAAAAUUUAAUACAAAGUGGUUUCCAACUUAUUCAGGCUCUUCUAAAUACAGUAUUGAAUUUAUCAAUAGAGAAGUAGGAUUAAAAGAAUGGAAGCACAAUAAAUCGAUCAGAACAAAAUAUGUCAUCGCAACAGGAAGCAGAGUAGCCUCACCGUUGGAAAAUAUGUUAUUUGACUAUCCUAGAUGUUUAUGUUACAGUGAUGGUGUUAUAACAAUGUUACAAUUGCAACAAUUUAGAAACAAUAGGGGUAAUAGGGCUAGAUUGACCUAUAUUCCUUGUACAACUCCACAUGGUUGUUCAACUAUGAACUUUGGGAUAAAUUCUGCGAUUUUUGGAAGGUUUGAUGGAAGAUUGUAUGGAAAAAUUUUGAAUAACAAGUCAUAUCUUCAACCGAUUGUCGAAUUUGACUCACUUCACAGCGCCCCGGUAACUGCAAUUGCCAUAAAAAAAGAAACAAAUGAUAAUAUAUGUGUAAGUGGUUCUGAAAAUGGUGACCUUAUAUGGUGGGAAGACACUAAAAAGAUCAAAGACAUGAAAAUUAGUAAUCUCCCUAUUUUAAACUUGGGGAUAAAUAAAGAUUAUACAAUUGCAUUGGAUUCACAAUCUAUAUAUGUCAUAUAUCAAAUGAAUGUUGUUCGUGCAUUACCAUUGCCUCAACAAAUUAAUAGUACUGAAGGUUCUGAAGAGAAUGUUCCGAAUGCUUCUCGAAGCCAAUAUAUUCAAGUUCAAUUUUGUAAGUUUGAUUUUGGAUCCAGCUCAAUAGUACUUGCUGAUACCAAAGAUAUGUAUGUUAUCACACUUGAUCCGCAUAGUGAUACAUUUGGAUACAUAAGAAAAAUGAACUUUGGAAAUGAUCAAAUUGAAGAAGUGGUCAUUGACGAACCAACAGCUUUAAAGCCUCAGAAUUUAGAAGUUGCUGGCGAAAGUGGAUGUUUUAUUGCGGUUAAGACCUUUUUAAGCGCAGUGAAAAUUAUUAAUAUCAGAGCACCAGGCUCAAAACUAAUUGUGCAAACCGAAUUAACUGUCAAUGAUGAUGAAAAGAUAUUUACUUGUCAAAUUACUAAUCUAGUAAUAGUAUGUGCUAUGAAUGGUUUCAUAAAUAUAUAUGAUAACUUAAAUGGUGAAUUGAUCAAGACCAUUCAAAAAACUGAAAAAAUACCGAGUUUCUUAAGAAUAUCUCAAGGAAGAUUGCUUUUAAGUAAUGGUGAGAAUGUAAUACAAUACAUUAAAUUUAUUCCAGAUGAUAAUGCUGACACCCAUAGAUCAAACCGGUCUGGAAGUGCAAAUAAAAACAGUAACAAAUGGAAAGAUACUUUAAAUACGGCAUUAAGUGUGUAUGAAGAAGAGGAAGAACUAAAUGAAAGACAAAGAAUUGAAGCAACUAGAUUAUUAAAUACGUAUGGUGGAGAUUUUGAGGAGGAGUUGGAUUCGGAAUCUGAAGAGAUAACACUCCGGAUUGCACUCAUGGAAUCCGAGAGAAUCCAACAGGAACAGUUAGACGCUGAGAACCAGGACGAUGAACUACAAAGAGCACUUCGUGAGUCGCAACUGAUUAAUCAAGACAAUGGUAUAUUGCAAGAUCCCAAUUCAAUUGAUGCUGAUGGAAAUGCUAUUCUUGAAAAUGAUGACGAAUUGCUAAGAGCUUUGCGAGCCUCUCAAGUAGAGGAAGUAAACGAGUAUGAAAAUAAUACGGACUCACAACGAGAAGGAUCGAAUCAAGCAGAUGAUGAUGAUGAUAUUCAAUUAGCUAUUGCAUUGUCAUUAAGCGAAUUGGAUUCGUAA